AUUAUCGACAAAAAUAAAACCCUUGUGCUAUUCAGUGACGGCGGUGCUGAAACGACAGUUCUUCUUCUCUCCGCCUCUAUUGUUUCUAGUAAUCGACGAGCCUCCGUUUAUUUUUCCAAUAAUGAUUUGUCUCUUCUUACGAUCAACAUCUGUCUUCCUUUCACUGCCUUAAUUUCGCAUCGCUAUCAUUCUCCUCUCCAUUACCACCAAGUUCUGUUUUCUCCGACCUCGGCCGAUGUCAUUUCACCACUGCACUUGAAAGAUAAAUUCUUUUUUACCGAUUAGUGAUUAUUAUUAUUAAUGAUGAUUAUUUUUUUUUAGUAACAAAUUUUAAAUAGUGACAGCAGAAUUGUAGACAUUCAUUGGAUUGUUUUGGACAUUGAUUUGGGGAAGAGCUUGAUUUACGUUUAUCUUUUUUUUAUAGAUAUGGCUUCAGCAAGUGUUAAGAGUAAUUACCCUCCACUACUUUAUGCAAAGGGGAAAGCACCUAGCUAAAAUAAAAGUAUGAACUACUACUCUUAUUUGUCCAAUCUACGAAUGGUGGAAGAAAAUGUAGGAAAAGAUGUUUGGGAUGCCUUGAAGAUGUCUUCUGUUGGAGUUAUACCUAAGCUUAGAGAGAUCGAAUACAAAUGGUGUGCCAAGAGUUUGGGGACAUUACUGGCCUGAAUUGCGAACCGUUUCAAAAGGAGGAUAGCUGGAAUGUUGAUCUUAGGGAUUUUUGGAGAGAAAUGAGAGUUUCUACAUCCAAAGGACCUAACUUGAAUGAGUUGCAGUUGGUAUUGGAAAAAUGCAAGAAUUGGAGUUUUGAGAAGAGGAGAAUGGUUGGAUGGUUGUGCAUUUUGUCUAUUUGAAUCUAUGGCAUCUCUCUGUCAAGUCGAAUCCCUUUGGAGUGUGCCAAAAGAGUAUUUGAUCUAGAAGCUUUUGAGAGAUACCCAUGGGGUCGGGUGGCGUGUACUAGCCUGAUAAACUCGAUUAAAGUUGUAAGUUAUGAUGCUAAAAUAAAAUAUACAAUGCAAGAAUGUGUUCAUGUUUUGCUCAUAUGGGCGUAUGAGUCAAUUAUUGGCUUAGGAGAAAAAUAUGGGAACAAAAAAGCUGGUGACGAAGUUCCUCUUCUUUCAUGGAGUGGAUCUCGUAAGCAAUUCCGUUUUGACGACUUUAUAUUAGACGAGAAGAAAGCUUAUGAAAAUAAGCUUCUUAAAAAAAUUAUUACAUUUUCAGGUGUGUGUAAGAUAUUUUGUUGCACAGUUAGACGGAAAUAUAUAUCCUAAGUGGGAUGACGAGGUCGAAGAUGAAGCUUUAAAGAUCAUGGUUAACGAUAUAAUUAACAAUUGUGUGGAUGAAAAAGCUUGGGAUAUCAUCGAAACUUCCAUUACAAAGACGAAAAAACGUAAAGAUUCAGUCCACCAGAGUGAUGAUGACUUUGACGGAAGUGGUGGAGCUGAAAAUUCUAUGAAGAUGACAAAGAAAAAGAAGAAAUCUGGUGGAGAUGGCCGAGACAAAGAUCCUUUAACUAUGAGUACAAGGCUCUUUACCAUGGUCAAAACGCUGGCGGAAAAAGUAGACAACCUAGACACUAAUCUAGCUACUAAGGUGUUGACAGGUUUGGAUGCAGCACUUAACACAAAGGUUGAUGCAAAAAUUAUUCCCAUCAUUGAAAAAAUCACCACAUUGGAAAAGGAGAUGAAAUACAUAAAAGAAAGACUUGAAGCUGCUGAUACGAAAGAAACCGCUAACUCCAAUGUCAACAUACACGAAGAAGUGAGUAGUAAAGAUAUGUCUUGGAUGGUUCAGAUGAAAGGAACAUCGCAUGCUGACUUACCCAUUCCAUGUGUUGUUAAGAAUGUGAAGAAAGCAAGGAAAAAGAAUGCAACUAAGAUGAACAUGGGUAAGACUCUUGAGAAUAUAAAUAGACCUGAGAAGAAGAAUAAUGUUGCUGAGAAGAAGACUGUGCUACAAGAAGCUGAAGAUGAUUCUUUGGAAACAUGGUCUAAUCCGAUAUUGAGUGAAAAAUACAAAAAACUUGGUGUAGGUUUAGCCAUUAUGGCCAAAGGGGUUGGGAAUUUGAAUGAUCGUACGCCUCUCCAAAGGCGCCAAACAAAACUAUCAUCAACCCAGGUGCCUCUGUUCAUAAGAGAUUCUACAGUGAAGCGCAUCAUCUCAUGUGUAACUCCAUCUGUUAUGGCAUAUGAUCCGUUAGCUAUGGUGGUAGACAGUAAACUGCAACAGUUAGUGAAUUUUAUACAACGUGAUGAGUACGUCAUUCUAAUUGUUUUUUUUAUUAUGUUGUAUAAUAAGUUUGACAUUAGCAUUGUGUGA